CCCUCAGCCCCCGAGCGGCCCGAGCGGGGCCCCGCCGCGGCCAUGGCGCACCGGGAGCCGGGGCAGGCGGAGCCCUGCAACUUCAUAGCCCGGGACAACUACUGGAAAAAAUGCGUCGAAAAGGAAGGAGAUGCUGCAAAAAGAUGGUCUGACAAAUGGGGGUUCUUGAAAACACCUCUCGAGGAGUUGAUAGGAGAUGAAAAAAAAGAUGCAAAGCCCAAGAUAGAGCUUCCAGAACACAUGCGGAUUCGCCCUGUGACACCUGUGGAAAAAUACAUUAAGGUGCUUCCAUCUCCUCCAGUGCCUAAAACUACGCAGGGAUUCAUUGGCUGGAGAUCUGCUGUUCCAGGGCUGGAGCUGGAGAUCGACCAUCAGAUCCGGAGCUGCAAAGGAGCCCUGUGCAAGAGUCUGAACUGAGCCCGGGAGCCUGGGACUGACAGGAAAUCAAGAUUAGGCACACAGAUCCAUUUGCAGUCCUGGCUAAACACCCUGCAGGGGACUGGUGGACUGUUGAAUAUUUAUGCUUUACACGUGAUUUAUGUAAACAUCCACAAUCAUUUUGGUAAAUGUAUUUUCAUGGAGCGUUUUGCUUGUUAGUGAUUAUUUGAAAUCUGUGGCUGUUAACUCUGCUUCAGGUUUACUUCAAAAUAACAAUGAAGGCACUCAGAUAAAGAUCACAAAGCAGGUACUAUCUUUAUUUGCAUUAAUAAGACUAUAAUUUAAAAAUACUUACUGGAAGUUGGAAUGACAGAGCAAAUUUUUAUAAUUGUUUCUCCAUGAGAUCCUCUACUCCUACUCAGUUUCACAGCAUUCUUCAAAUAUAAAUACAGACUGCCAUGUUCCUGACAAUCCAACUGUACUGCUCAUGCCCAAUUCAUCACUUACCAGUGCUGGAAUUUGUGUUUAGAAUUAAUUUUCCAUGAGCACUGACCUGGCCACUGUUGAGUUCUCAGGUGCCUGUGCUGGCACAAAAGCAUCUCUUCUGUACAGAGAGGAUGAGAAGAUGCAGAGGAGGGUGUCAGGCAUGACUUCAGUCGGCUCAAGCUGCCAUGGGACUGCAUCCUUGCAUUUGGAAAGAAGCUUUCCUCAUUAAAAAAACACAGCAAACACACAAAAAACACCUGCAGAAAAAAACAAUUAUUAGGCUUCAUCACAGUGUGUCCACUGGAGCUUGAAAAAAGCACACAAAGCAUAAGUGUAGUUAAGUCAUAAUUAUAAAAUACACUGGGGUUUGUAUUGUGUGCUCUUUGCAGGUAUUCUGUGUAGUUACACACAGAAGUAAUUUAGUUCCCAGUACACAAAUAAAGUAUGCAAGGGCCACAGUGACACGAAGUCACUUUGAAAAAUCAGUUUUGGUAUCAAAACAGGGUUUUUUUCAAUUAGUUGAUCAGAAUGCAAAUGGGUUACAAGGCAUUUAUGUCCCUUCAGUUUUGUGUGUACCACUAUUUGUCCCAACCAGGACGGAUCAAUACUCAGGAACAGCAGAGGGUUGCACUGGGAGUUACUGGUGUAGCUCCCCCGUGUUGUGGAGAUCAGUCUUGCACUUCAUUCCCUGCAGAUUUGCCAGGAUUUUUGGAGACUGGAAGGAGACUCCGUUGCAGCAGGAUGUAAUUCUAAUUGGCCAACGUGUUUAAACUAGAAGGUUGCUUAAACAAAAAGGAGCCUCCAAGAAGUCAACACAGGCAGCUCCUUCUAACUCCUUAUUACUUAAAGAGGAAAGACUUUGCUUUUUAAUCCUGCUGCAGGAUCUCCAUUGUGUUCUCCAGCCAUCAAUAGCUGCCUCUUGAGUCAGCACUAAGUGCUUGGCUUUCUUAGCAGUAAGUCAGCAGCCAGUGUUUGUUCUUCCCUUCUUCCCAAGAAAUGACUCACAAUGAUCAACAUCCCACCUUUUUUUUUUUUUAAUCCAGUUCCAAAUGCCCA